CUCAUCACCAUGAACACCCUUGAUAAUUACCGGAUCCAAUGGUCGCACAGGUGACGAUUCUGCAAAUCGCAUAUUGAACCCCUCCCGGCAGACGAAAUGGCAGUUGAGGAACCCGAAAUCGAUGCCGGAUCGGCUCAUAACUCGCCGGGCGAUAUCCAUAUCGAGAAUGCUUCCUUGAUACCCAGGUCUGAGACGGCGCUGAACAUUGAGCCUAAUGGCAUGACCAGACCACAGGCAUUCAAUCUUUACACAUCCCACUUGCUUUCUACUUGGAAUAUUAGGACUUAUGAGUUCGCAGCGAUUAUCUUCACGGCUGCGGCUUAUCCAGAUACUCUCAUUGCCGCCGCCAUACGGGGGGUUGUGAGAACCUUGGCUUCAAUAUGUUUCUCUUCGAUGGCUGGAAGAUGGGUUGAUCAAAGUCCCAAUCGAUUGAAAACUCUACUCCGCACAAUUUCAGCAAACAGACUUGCAGUUAUUGGUGCUUCGAUGCUAUGGUUCUUCGUCGUUGAACCUCUCAAUGGCCUUCCCGAAGGAGCAAAGUUUGGUCCUUCUCUCGGCGACCUUUCUUCAAAGUUUAUUUUGAAAGGGGCUAUGUUUGGACUCAUUCUUCUUCUUGGUAUCCUUGAGAAUCUCAGCGCUUCUGGGAACAUGUUAUCCAUGGAGAGGGACUGGAUUGUCACAGCGGCUUCCGACGACGGCCAGCCAUACGACUUGACCCACCUCAAUGCCGCUAUGAGAAGAAUUGACCUCAUAUGCAAACUCAUUGCACCAAUUCUCAUAUCAGUCAUUGUAUCAGCAACAGGUACGAGGAUCGGAGUGCUCGUUGUUGGCGGAAUGAACGCAAUGAGCUGGGGCGUCGAAGUAUUUUGCGCCAAGAGGGUAUGGAACCGAAACCCUAGGCUAAAAGCCACCAAGGUGGUGAGCGUACAAACUGAGCGCGGAAAUAUCGUACCAGACCUCUGGUCUCGAUCCAACUCGAACCAAAUGUCCGAAGGCUUUCGCCGCUACUUUCAAGAAUUCAAGCACUACUUCUCUUCACAAGUCUGGCCCGCUUCCCUGGCACUGGCUUUGCUCCAUCUCUCAGCUCUAUCAUACGGGGCUACAUUCAUCACCUUUUUGUUGAGCGUGGGAUUUUCUCUCGAUCUGAUUACAGUCGCUCGAGCAGCAGGGAGUAUUGUCGAAAUCAGCAGUACAGUUGUUACGCCAGUUGGCGUUCAAUAUCUCGGGAAAGCUCGGAAUCAUGGAAACUUCCGUGGAGAGAGUCGAGAGAGUGAAGAUUCGGAAACAGCACUGCUCGAAGAAUCCCCGGAUGUGGAAAGAAGGACGGAAACUGGCCUGGAACGGUUGGGUCUCUGGGGCAUCUCUUGGCAGCUUCUCAACCUCGUUCCAGUGAUGUUAGCUAUAUGGUCACUUUCUUCAGGCGCGCCAGAUGGCUCAAUGCCACAUCUCGUCUCACGAAAUCUGGGAUCCAUCACCUCCCAGCCUCUCCUCGCGUUCGUCCUCUUCUUCUUCCUCUCAAUUUCCAGAUUAGGGCUUUGGAUCUACGAUCUCACAACCCAGCAACUGACACAGACCAUGACAUCUCCUUCGCAAAGAUCCUCGUUCACAGGGGUGGAAAAUAGCCUCAUCUCUGUGUUUGAACUUGUACAGCACCUUGUAGCGAUUAUCCUGCACCGGCCGGAGCAAUUCAAGUGGAUUGCUUUGAUGGGCUGGACAGCGGUUGCGGUGAGCGCUUUGAUUUAUACUGGGUGGGUGUGGAGGAUGAGGGGCCAUUUGGUGCAUUGGGAAAGGCUUGGGAAGAGCUGUGAGUGUAUCAAGAUUCGACGUUGAUCAUUGAAGAGGAAGCUAUAGAAAGCCAUGGGAUGGUGUUUUUAUUUAGCGUUUAGAGCAGGUGCAUAGUGAACUAGUCACUUGAUACUUGGCAAAUAUUGGGGAAGGGAAUGAUCCACUCUCAUCAAAAUGUGC